AUGUUCGUGUCUAAGAUCGUGGUUCGAAGGAAUGGGGAUGGUCCGCCGCAGAUUAUACGGAAACUGAAACGUCUAUCGGCAGUUGCUUCAGAGGCUGUGUACGAUGACGAUUACGUUGAUCCUGCCGCCGAGGAGGGAUACAAGCGUCAAGUUCGAGAGUCCGACGGUUUCGAUGUUGAUGAAUGUCCUCUUCCGGAUGGUGGAAUACGUCCGUACGUAUUUGAUGAUAAGUAUGAUUAUAAGUUGGACGUUGGCCUUUAUGGUAGACUUGGACUUCACUGCUAUAAUCUUGAGAAGGGAACCAACCUCAAAUUGAUUGGUAUAAACAAAUACAACUCUGAGUGGACUGGGGUUUACGUGAAAUACAUAACGCUGGAGGCUAUGGACACAUCCAACAACUCUCCUUGCGUGUUCCAGACUUGUGUUUGCAAAUAUAUAAGUAGUGAAGAUGCAUCCUUACUGGUGCAGACUGAGCUUUCCAGAUUAAGAGUUCCUAUUGGCCCUCGUGCUAGUCCUAUUGGUCUUGAGAGGGGAUUUGAAGAGAGUGAAGUAGAUGAGUUCUACAAAGGCAAAAUGCCCAGCUGGUUGACCCAAAAAGACAUGGCACAAUUUUAUGAGUUGAAAGAAUCAGAAGUGCAAGAAUACGAGUGGCUUCACCUGUAUGCGGAGUUUGGCUUUGCCUUGAAGUGGAUUACAUAUGGGAAAGCAUUGAAGUCAUAUCUACCGCUACAGAUAAACAAGGUAACUAUACGAACUAAAGAAAACGGACAAGAGUCACCGCUUAAGGCGAAGAACGCCAUCUUCUACAUUAGUUUCAAGGGCAAUGGUGAUCCGAGCGGUAUGCUUGUCGAAUACCAAGCGGUUGUAAGGAGAACCAUGGAUGGGAUGCCUGGACACAUUCGUCUUGAAGUUGACUGUUUGUCCUACGAAUCCAACUGA